AUGAACCAGCCGGCCCCCGCUGCCCUGCUUCCGCCCCGCCGCGUGCGGCUGAAGCCCUGGCUGGUGGCCCAGGUCAACAGCUGCCAGUACCCAGGGCUUCAGUGGGUCAACGGGGAAAAGAAAUUGUUUUACAUCCCCUGGCGCCACGCCACGCGGCACGGCCCCAGCCAUGACGGAGAUAACACCAUCUUCAAGGCCUGGGCCAAGGAGACGGGGAAGUACACCGAGGGUGUGGAUGAGGCUGAUCCGGCCAAGUGGAAGGCCAACCUGCGCUGUGCCCUGAACAAGAGCCGUGACUUCCGCCUCAUCUAUGACGGGCCCCGGGACAUGCCGCCUCAGCCCUACAAGAUCUACGAGGUCUGCUCCAAUGGCCCAGCUCCCGCAGAGUCACAGCCCAGCGAGGAUAACGCUGAGGAGGAAGAAGAGGAAGAGCUCCAGAAGAUGUUACCAGGCCUGAGCAUCACAGAAGCAGUGCAGCCCGGCCCUGCCAUGGCACCCUAUUCUUUACCCAAAGAGGAUGUUAAGUGGCCACCCACUCUCCAGCCACCUGUGGUGUUGGCCCCCCCUGCUCCAGGCCCCAAUCUUCUGAUCCCUGCUCCUGGCAACGCCGCUGACUUUGGGGAGGUGUUUUCAGAGGUCCUGCCGAGCUCGCACCCGCAGCCUGGGCCCCUGUCUACCAGCCUGCCCCCCACAGGCGAACAGCUCCUGCCCGACCUGUUGAUCAGCCCCCACAUGCUGCCUCUGACCGACCUGGAGAUCAAGUUCCAAUACCGGGGCCGCCCACCCCGCGCCCUCACCAUCAGCAACCCUCAAGGCUGCCGGCUCUUCUACAGCCAACUGGAGGCCACCCAAGAGCAGGUGGAGCUCUUUGGCCCCGUGAGCCUGGAGCAAGUGCGCUUCCCCAGCCCCGAGGACAUCCCCAGCGAGAAGCAGCGCUUUUAUACCAACCAGCUGCUAGACGUCCUGGACCGUGGGCUCAUCCUGCAGCUACAAGGCCAGGAUCUGUAUGCCAUCCGCCUGUGCCAGUGCAAGGUGUUCUGGAGCGGGCCCUGUGCCUCAGCCCAUGGCUCACACCCUAACCCCAUCCAGCGGGAGGUCAAGACCAAGCUCUUCAGCCUGGAGGACUUUCUCAAUGAGCUCAUCCUAUUCCAGAAGGGCCAGACCAACACCCCACCCCCGUUCGAGAUCUUCUUCUGCUUUGGGGAGGAGUGGCCUGACUGCAAACCCCGGGAGAAGAAGCUCAUCACUGUACAGGUGGUACCCGUAGCGGCCCGGCUGUUGCUGGAGAUGUUCUCGGGGGAGCUUUCUUGGUCAGCUGACAGCAUCCGGCUACAGAUCUCAAACCCAGACCUCAAAGACCGCAUGGUGGAACAGUUCAAGGAGCUCCAUCACAUCUGGCUGUCUCAGCAGCAUCUGCAGCCUGUGGCCCAAACCCCUGCCAUGCCUGGCCUCAGUGCUGCACAGGGACCCUGGCCCAUGCACCCAGUUGACAUGCAGUAA